AUGCCUUACGUUGACCCGAACCAGCGCUGGAUUGUCCCCGCAGUUGCUGCCGCUACUGUCGUCGCUGCUACUGCUGGCUACCUCUACCUGAACCCUUCGUGCUGUUCGUCUUUCACCAAGUCUAGCAAGUCUAGCAAGAUGUCGCUCUCGAACAAGCUCUCCAUCAAGGACGUCGACCUCAAGGACAAGCGUGUCCUCAUCCGCGUCGACUUCAACGUCCCCCAGGACAAGAAGACCGGCGAGAUCACCAACCCCGCCCGUAUCACCGCUGCUCUCCCCACCAUCAAGUAUGCCAUUGACAACGGCGCCAAGUGCGUCGUGCUCAUGUCCCACCUCGGCCGCCCCGACGGACAGAAGAACGAGAAGUACUCGCUCGCCCCCGUCGCCAAGAAGCUCGAGGAGCUGACCGGCAAGAAGGUCACCUUUGUCCACGACUGCGUCGGCAAGGAGGCUGAGGACGCCGUCAACAACGCCAAGGACGGCCAGAUCGUUCUCCUUGAGAACCUCCGCUUCCACCCCGAGGAGGAGGGCAAGGGCGUCGACGCCAACGGCAACAAGGUCAAGGCCGACCCCAAGAAGGUCGAGGAGUUCCGCAAGGAGCUCACCAAGCUCGGUGACGUCUACGUCAACGAUGCCUUCGGUACCGCCCACCGUGCUCACUCCUCCAUGGUCGGUGUCGAGCUUCCCCAGCGUGCUGCCGGCUUCCUCAUGAAGAAGGAGCUCGACUACUUCGCCAAGGUCCUUGAGCACCCCGACCGCCCCUUCCUUGCCAUCCUCGGUGGUGCCAAGGUCAAGGACAAGAUCCAGCUCAUCGACUCGAUGCUUGACAAGGUCAACAAGCUCAUCAUCUGUGGUGGCAUGGCCUUCACCUUCAAGAAGACUCUUGAGGGCGUCAACAUUGGCUCUUCGCUCUUCGACGAGGACGGAGCCAAGGUCGUCGGCGACAUUGUCAAGAAGGCUAAGGAGAAGAACGUCGAGCUCAUUCUCCCCGUCGACUACGUUGCCGGCUCGUCGUUCUCGAACGACGCCGAGCGCAAGACUGUCACCGACAAGGAGGGCAUCCCCGACGGAUGGAUGGGCCUCGACUGCGGCCCCGAGACCAACAAGAUCUUCGCCAAGGCCGUCGAGGACUCCAAGACCAUCCUCUGGAACGGUCCCGCCGGUGUCUUCGAGUUCCCCAACUUUGCCCAGGGCUCGCUCUCGCUCCUCAACGCCUGCAUCAAGGCUUGCGACAACGGCGCUACCGUCAUCGUCGGCGGUGGUGACACCGCCACCCUCGUUGCCCAGCAGGGCAAGGAGGACAAGCUCUCCCACGUCUCCACCGGUGGUGGUGCUUCCCUUGAGCUCCUCGAGGGCAAGACUCUCCCCGGUGUCGCCGCGCUUUCUGACAAGAAGUAA